GGUUUUGUAGAGAAAAUCAGUUGUAAUUUUGUCGCAGUGCUGUCAAAUUGAUACAAAACGGCCGUGAGUUAAAAUCGAACGCACAAAAGUUGUAGAAAAUUAAAUAAAUUUAGAAAAAAAGAAAAAUACAAAUAAAUAAAAAUCUUUUUUUUUUUAAGAAAAAAAAAGCAUGUAAUUAAAAAGUUUAUUUAUGUUGAAAGAUUUAAAGUGAAAUUUAAAGAAAUUUUAGAAAAAUUAAAUAAGAAAAAAAAUUCUAAGCAAAAAUUUGUUUACUACUUAAAAAUCCAAUAAGAAUCUGAAAAAGUUUUAAGUGAAACAAAAGUUAUAAAAAAAGUUUUUCCUCUUCUCACAAAUUAAAGUGGAAUUUUGAUUAAAUUUUAAGUGAAAAUCUUAUAAAAAAUCAUUGAAAAUAAAAAAUUAUCAUCUUUAAAAUAUUCUUAAAAAAAAUAUAAAUUAUAAUAUAUUUAAAAAUAAUCGUGUGCCAAAAUUAUAAAUAAUCCUUAAAAUAAGUGUAAAAAGUGUUACUUUUAAGUCAAAAAUUCUAUAUAAUUUUAAUAAAAACUUAAUUUUCUUAAUAAAAAAGGAAAAUUUUAAAAAUAUAAAAAAAUAUUUGUAAAAACUAACUACAAAUAUAGUGACUGAAACACAACAUAAGUUGUGUUUUAAACAAUAAAAUAAACAGAGAAAAAUCUAGCGUUUAACUUUUCAUCUUCCUUUUACAAAAAGUUUUUGCAAAAAAGCCGUCAAACUGUGGGGUUCCGGGGCCUUUUUCCUUCCUCCACAAGGAAUGUAUUAUCCGCACAUGGUGCAGGCUAGUGUUGCGCCAUAUCCAGGCGCACCGACUGGCUAUCCACCAGCAGCGGCUCAAGUACAAGCAACUACAGAUGGUUUAACCAUGUCUGUGGGUACUGUCAAAAAUGAUACUCUAGCACAGAUUAAAUCUGAAGGUUCAGCUGCUGCAGCCGCCGCCGCCGCUGCUGCUGCUGUAGCUGCUAAUAAUACAGGUGCCAAUAAUACAAAUGCUGCUGGUAUGGCUGCCACAAACGCUGCCGCUCAAAUGUAUUUGCAACAGAAAAAGAAUAAUCUGGCAACAGCACACAAUGCAUUACAAUAUGUGAAUGGUGGCAACAAUAACAAUUUAUCCGCAAAUCCACAAACAGCUCAAGGUAUUGCCGGAAAUGUUGCUGCUGUUGCUGCAACAACUACAACUGUUCCAGCAACUGUCACAACAGUAUUAGGUUUAAAUUCACAACAGCAACAGCAACAAACUGUUACACCUCAUACAGCUGCCUCUCUGAAUGGCCUAAAUCUGGCAACAGCAACAACAAAUAGUUUAACAAAUGGCACUGUUAUCGGUAACAGUGGAGUAGGAGGUGGCGGAGGCUUAAUAGUAGACAAUAAAAGACUACAACAAAGCCUGCAACAAAAUCAAAAUCAUUUUCAUCAUCAUAAUACAAACAACAACAGCCAGCACCACCACCACCAACACCACAAUCAUCAGCAGCAGCAACAACAACAGCAUCAUCAUACGAACAACACCCACCAACAGCAGCAACAACUGCCGCACCAUCAUCAUCUUCAGUGCAAACCUUCGCAACAACAACAGCAGCUGCAACAGCAACAAAAUAAUGUCAGCCUAUCUUCAGUAUUGGUGAAAAGUGACAUUGAUACCACACAGUCAAUAGCCAGUAAUGCCGGUGGCGGUUCUGGUGGUGGAGGUGGUAUAGUAACAGCAUCUUCCACAUUAUCCUCAACAACCACCGCUUCAUCAUCCGCCGCCGCAGCAGCGGCCGGUAAUAAUAAUAAUAAUGUAUCCUCAAGCCAAAGUCAAGCCAUCAAUGGCACCACAAAUACACUCGCUACCGCAGGCGGUACAGCUACAGAUGCCAAUAGUAAUCUUAGUAAUAAUAACAACAGCACUAACAACAACAGCAACAACAUAAGCACAACGAAUGGCAUCUCAUCAUCCACCAGCAAUGGAGAAUUACUAACACCCACUCAGCAACAACAACAGCAGCAGCAACAACAACAACAACAGCAAUUAAUAGCCGCUAUUAGUCAACAUCAACAACAGCAGCUACAGCAACUAACAACAGCCGGCAAUGUGAUUGCUGCCACCUCCGUAACAGCCACUUCAGCUGCCACUGGCCUUUUACCGGCCGUUAUGUCAACACCCAAUCAAGCUGGCAUUGUUAAUACCUCAUCGAUAAUGACAUCAAUGGUGGCUGGUGGUGUUUUAGCUCCAUCAUCGAGUACAGCUCAAGUGAUGGCAAAUUUAAAUGCUGCCGCAGCUGCUGGUAUUAUGACAUCGGCUACACCAAAUACACCUGUGGCAACUAGUCUAUCAAACGCUCUAGUCCCUCUGCAACAUCAACAACAGCAGCAGCAACAACAACAGCAAACUACAUGUACCACCGUUGCAACAAUAAAUUCUUCAAAUGAUGCCAAAAAUACACCAAAACGUUUGCACGUUUCAAAUAUACCCUUUCGUUUUCGUGAUCCCGAUCUAAGAGCCAUGUUUGGG